AAACCAGUGAAGGGAAAAUAUUAAAGAUGAUUCAAAAAUUUACUUGCGUUCCUAGAUCAGACUAUGACGUAGUCAUUGUGUCUAACGGCACUGUAGCCCAGAUCUCCGCCAAGGUUUCCCAGAUUAAUGGCCAGCUUUCCCAAAAUGAAAUCCCCACCAAUUCCCAUAUCACGUAUUUGGAUAGCUUCAAACUGUUGAUUGCUCAUUUACAUACCCACACUGCUGACCAGCGGUUUAAGGGCAAGGUCAUCUUUAUGUUUUUCAAUGGCUUGGAAUUCAUCCAGGAAGUUAUUGGCGAUUUGAUUGACCAUUAUAGCAGAUUUAUGCUUAUGUCAUACAGUAGCAAGAACCAGAAGAUUGAAAAGUUGGAUAAUGUUUACUUCUACUUUGAUUCUUCAAUAUCCGAGGCUCCUACUGAACCUUCAGAUCCUUAUGAUAUGUUUAUGUAUAAUAAUCAUCUGUAUGAAUAUCAUUUCAAUACCGUGGCUAUCAUAGCCAAUGACAUAAUCAAAAAGAUGAACUUUAUGAUUGGAAGAAUAAGGGGAGUAUACAUUGAUGAUGUGAAUUUACAUGGAGAAAGGAUGAUUCCGCUUCAACAUAUCCAUAGAAAUUUUCCCAAAGUUGAAAGGAUUGAUUUGAGUAGUUAUCACAUGAUGAAUGAUAUGAUUGUUUAAACAAGAAAACUAGAUAUUUUUUUAAUAGAGUACGUAUAUUAAUGAUGUAAUAUGAACCAACU